AGGAAAUUUUGCCUCGUUUUCAUUUCCAGUCAACGCGUGAUCCAGAUUUUUCUUCAGCUCAAUAUUAUCCAAAAAAGAUUUGAACUGUUGCAGAUAAAUAGAUCAGAAUGCCACCUCCAAUAUCUACAAAACUAUACAUUGGGAAUUUACCUGAAACUUGCAGGAAAGCUGAUCUACAAAAAAUGUUUGAAGCAUAUGGAAAAGUUAUAGAAUGUGACAUUGUCAGAAAUUACUGCUUUAUUCACUUUGAAAAUCCAAAUGAAGCAAAAAUGGCACAAGCAAAUCUGGAUGGUGCUGAUUUUGAAGGCGUCAAAUUAAAAGUGGAGAUGUCUCACAGCAAAGUUCGUCAAAAACCUGGGAUGGGAGGAAAAGGCGAGUGUUACAGAUGUGGAAAGGAGGGGCACUGGUCAAAAGAUUGCCCAAAGGGACCAUCUCGAGGGAAGCCUAGAGGACCAGAGCCCCCAUACAGGGACCCAUACAGAGACCCAUACGACCCCUACUACAGGGAGAGGUACCUCCCUCCCCCACCUCCCCAUGACAGAUAUAGACCCUACCCAGAACCCUACGACAGGAGGCCUCUCCCCCCACCCCCACCCCGCGAUCCAUACUACAGAGAGAGGGACCCCUACGCCAGACCACCCCCAGAGUACUAUGGGCGUCGAUCACCCCCUCCUCCUCCAAUGAGACCAAGACCAGAUGAUCCAUAUUAUGACUCUUACUAUCCUCCUAGGAGAAGCAGUAUUGAGUGUGGGUGAACGUUUGAUUUCAUCGCCCUCAAGAUACUGGAAUUCCUAGAUGUCCAUUCAUCAGAACAGAAAUCACGCUGAUAUAAAUCAUCAGGUACUACUUUUAGCUUCAUGUAACUGAGCAUAAACAAGUUGACUUUUCUUAUUGAAAGUUUUUGAUACUAUCUGUUAAUUUCUUAGAUAUUUGACAUAUCAAUAAAAAUGGAAAUUUACGACCAUCUUUUAAGUUGUCUGAUAUUAAUUUUGACAUCUCCUUAUCAAUGGAACAAAUUUCAGUCAAACUCCAAGCAUAUUGCAUCCCUAAGCAACAGGGAGAAGACAAAUGGGCUAAUUUUCUAUCCAAAGGAUGAUGAUUAAAAUUAAUUUAGGUUUAUUCUUAGUUAUAAUAUUAUUCAAUUGGUGAAAU